AUGACUGUCAACUGUGUACCUGGAGUGGGGAACCCUUCCGACGACACAUGUCACUCUCUGCUGCCAUCAACUGCGAAAGUGACAUCGACCGGGAUCCUCAGCCAGACGGUGGUGGAGGAACCCCCCCUCGGGUCGCUUUCUGGGCAGUGUAAGGCUGAGAGGGCGCCCAAUGGCCCCAAAUGCUGCCUCUGGAUUGGACUGCGCCGGUUCAGACUGGCUGCAGAGCACUGGAGCCCCAUUUGGGCUCUGUGUGUACCUCCAACGUAUCCAUCCAUGUACGACGAACAUGUAUUGCAGGACCUUCCCACCUCCAAGUGGUACAGAACACACACUACUUGCAUCUCAGCACACAAAGCAUCCUCUCGUCUCGUCUGCGGCCAGAUCAGAUCACCGACGGGUUUCGUCCCGUCUUCCGUCGCCGUUGUCAACGUCUGGGACCCGGGCGGAGGAGGGGGCCGUAGCCAUCUACACGAGGCAUCUCGAGACUGGUUUCUCGCUGGUGUCCGUGUCAGAGACUCAAAGAACCCCAAAACAUUGGACGACGUUGACGGCGAAGCUCCAGCUGGAUAUCAAUCGAUCACACUGAAACGGCCCGUGGGAAGACCUGGCAUCAAGGACAGCCAGUCGACCGCAAUCUUGGGCAGGGAACAUGCUGAUGUGACUUUCGUGGAGAAAACUGGGGACGGGAUUCCCGAUGCGUGGUUGCGAAUCUGCUAG